UGAGUAUUAUGACAGCACCAAAGCAGGGUCGUAUGCAUUUAAGGACUGAUAUGUACUAAAAAUGCGCAUUGAGAUAGACGCAUUCCCAUUGCUAUUCCCCUUCCCCUCAUGCUCCAUAAUCCAUAAUCCAUAAUCCCAGCAUCGAUUCGAAGCCUAUCGCAAAAUGCUUUUUUUCACAUAGCACAGCUUGCCAGCCCAUUGGCAUCCAACGUUACUCAUGGCGUCGUCGCUCACAUACACCGUCCACCAAUACGGCACACACGAGCUGCAACGGCUAGGGGUCUGGGACCUCGACGUUGUUGACAAGGCUCCAACCAAAUACUGGAUCGUAUUCAUCCACGGCGGCGCAUGGCGCGACCCUCGCGUAGCGCACGACACCUUCGCGCCCGUCGUGACGCGCUUCCUCGAGAGCAGUGGUACCGGCGGUGGAUCUACCCGUAGCAUCCCUGUCGCCGCCUUCGCCUCCCUCGAUUACCGUCUGAGCGCGCACCCGGACUUCCCGCAGGACCCGGCGACCACGCCACCGGAUCGCUUCCGCGGCGCCAAGCACCCGGACCAUCUCGACGACGUGCGCUCCGCGCUCGCGUUCCUGCAGACCCGGUUUGGCUUCGGGGGCAGGUACGUGCUUGUUGGACACUCGGCCGGCGCGUGUCUUGCGUACCAGCUGUUGGCGGGAUUAUCUAGCGUCGAAGACGUCGGGGUGGAAUUCCCCGCUGCCGUGUUUGGCGUCGAGGGCAUCUACGAUAUGGCGGGCUUGAACGCGCGGUUGGGCGACGGGUAUGCGGGAUUCCUAGAGGGGGCAUUCGGGCCGCGGGAUAAGUGGGAUGCAGCGGCGCCGAUGAAGUGCCCGGGGAGCUAUGGCGAUUGGUACCCUGGCGGGUUGGCUGUGCUGGGGCACUCGGUGGAUGAUGAGCUGGUGGAUAUGCCGGAGACGGAUGGGAUGGCGGAGAGGCUGAAGAGGGAUGGUGUUGAAGUGUUGCUUGUGAGGGAUCUUACGGGACCGCAUGACGAUGCUUGGCAGGAUGGUAGAGGGGUUGCGAAGAUAGUCUUGCGGAUCUUGGAUAUUCUGCGGGAGAGGGCUACGUCGUGAGAAGAUGAUACAGGGGGGAGGGUGGGCAGUAGUGUGUAUAAAUAAGAGUGAUAGGACAACAGGGCUGCUCUGGUGUAUUUGAUAGGUAUGAGAUACAACCGAGCAGGCCGAUAGUGUCCGCCUACACCUCUCUCAUAUCGGUCAUCUUCAAAUACUAUCUCAGUUCCUUCGUGGAUCUCUCCCCGUAUCGCCUCAACAUAGCGAUAUUUGCAGUGACCGUACUCCCUGGGUAUCACCAAUAUGUCAUAUCUUAUAUAAGUG